CGGCCCGCCCCCCGUCCCCCGCCCCCCGCGCUGCGCACAGCGCCGCCCGCCCGCUCGCCCGGGCCGCCCGGGAGCUCCUCCAGCCCCGCGCCGAGCUCAGUCGCCCUCGCCCGCGCUCUCCCCUUCGCCGCCCGCGCCGGCCCCCGCUCCGCGCCCUGGUCAUCGAUCAGCACAGAAACUCAGAAAGCAGAGUUAAGUGUUUCCACAAUGUCCUACAGACGAGAGCUGGAGAAAUACCGUGACCUGGAUGAAGAUGAAAUCCUGGGCGCCCUCACAGAAGAAGAGCUCAGGACUCUGGAGAAUGAGCUGGAUGAGUUGGACCCUGAUAAUGCACUGCUGCCUGCGGGCCUGAGGCAGAAGGAUCAGACCACCAAGGCGCCCACAGGGCCCUUUAAAAGGGAGGAGCUCUUGGAUCACUUGGAAAAGCAAGCCAAGGAGUUUAAGGACCGAGAAGACCUGGUCCCCUACACAGGGGAGAAACGAGGAAAGAUCUGGGUCCCUAAACAGAAGCCGAUGGAUCCAGUGCUGGAAACUGUCACACUAGAGCCGGAGCUGGAGGAGGCCUUGGCAAAUGCCUCAGAUGCAGAACUCUGUGACAUUGCAGCUAUUCUGGGCAUGCACACGCUCAUGAGCAACCAGCAGUACUACCAGGCCUUGGGCAGCAGCUCUAUCGUGAACAAGGAGGGACUCAACAGUGUGAUUAAACCUACACAGUACAAGCCUGUGCCUGACGAAGAACCAAAUUCAACAGAUGUAGAGGAAACACUGGAGAGGAUAAAGAACAAUGACCCGGAUCUUGAAGAAGUUAACCUCAAUAAUAUCCGGAAUAUCCCCAUCCCUACCCUUAAGGCAUAUGCAGAAGCCCUGAAAGAAAAUUCCUAUGUGAAGAAAUUCAGCAUCGUUGGGACACGGAGCAAUGACCCUGUGGCAUUUGCUCUUGCUGAAAUGCUCAAGGUGAACAAGGUGUUAAAGACGCUGAAUGUGGAAUCCAACUUCAUCUCUGGGACUGGGAUCCUGCGCCUGGUGGAAGCCCUUCCACACAACACAUCUCUGGUGGAACUGAAAAUUGACAACCAGAGCCAGCCCCUGGGCAACAAAGUAGAGAUGGAGAUCGUGAGCAUGUUGGAGAAAAACGCAACCCUUCUCAAGUUUGGCUACCACUUUACCCAGCAGGGACCCCGACUGAGAGCAUCCAAUGCCAUGAUGAAUAACAAUGACCUUGUGCGGAAGAGGAGGCUUGCAGACUUGACGGGGCCCAUCAUUCCCAAAUGCCGCAGCGGUGUCUAGUGUGCAGAGGUGAAGACCAUGCCUUUGAACUGGACAUGUUCUACUGACCAUCUGUGCUGUGCAGUGGAGACUGAGGCCAAAUGCUGGCACAAAUCUUUUGUGGUUCAGUUCUUAUGCACUAAGGUUUUAGGUUAAAUAGUGGUUGUAGUUGAAAAUUUUAUAAAAUAUGGGUAAUGUGAAGUUUUUCUUUAGUCACAGAAGUUCAGUAUGGUUAUUAUUGAAAAACAAAGAAGCCCUUGAACUGGCAGACUUUCCUACAGAUAAAGUGAUGGUGGCUGUGACUUAACCCCAGGAGCCCUAAAUGGUGGCCUUGCCGUGCCAUGUUUCAAGUGAUUUAUAACACAGUGUGGCUCACACAAACAAACACACACUCUUUGACUAGUUUUGGAAGUAUUAUAAAAUACUUUAUUACAAAUUUGAUCUUAGCUUUUUUUGCAAGAAAGAACAGAUAAUAUUUACUUACUGUCCUUCAAAUUUUAAUAACCUCAAGAUUAAAGCUGCCAGUCCAAUUGCUGGAUCAAAAACACAGUUUUACCCCCAAGAAAGACAGACUGAAGUCAGAGUCUAUCAGAAAUCUAAAAACAAGAGUCCUUUCGCUGGACAUGAGAAAAACGGUAGUAAAGGGCAACCAUGGAAUUUCAAGAUUCAAAAAUCACCUAGACAACAAACAUGCUCCUCCGUGUCCUUUAUGCACAUCUGUGAUGUAAUUACAGUUGAACACCGGAGUCAGGAAGAACAGUGUCCUAAAUGAAUGGAUGUGAAAAUUUACGGUCAAAUACCUGCUGCACAGUGGGGAAACGGCUUCUUUGAGCCAAACUAGCAGGGUGAGUUUCCAGUCCAUUGUGGCUGCGGUGUUUGGCACGGCCAAGUUUACAGACUUCAAUGACCUGUCUCAUCACUUACUAGACAAAUCAUUGCUGAUCUUAGGGCUGCAAAUGAGUGUCUAAGGGACAAUAAUGCAGAAAAUCUAGGUUUUGAGAGAUUAGGAAAUCCUGGUGAAACUACCUAAAGAGCAUUCUAAAAAUGUAAUUCUGGUAUUUCUACUGGAUCCCUCUGUGACACCAUACAUAUCAUUUGGGAGCCAGCAAAACUGUCAAGCCACACUGCCCUUGUGCCUUUAAAUAUACCACAGUGCCAGUUUAACUAGUGUUUCUGUUUGCUGCUUUGUGGGAUUCGACCUGAUGGUAAGAGACAAGGCCAAAGAGUGGAUGAGCACAGACUGUGAGGCUCCUGAUGAACAAGGCAAGUCUUGCACACUCAACUCUGAUGAUGUAGACAGUACUUGGGAAGAAAGGUGGAGCCAGGGCCUCACCACCAUGAAGACGGUCUACUGAGGCUGCAAAUGGGUCCAGAAGUGGCAUCACACUGCAGGGUGGCCAUCCCCACUUGGCUUCUCCUUGAAACACAAUUGCAGCUGCAUUCUGCAUCACUGGAAACUGCGACAUGAUAUUAAAUCUGUUGGUCUAUG